GCAGACCAGAGAGUGAGCAACAAGACCCGCUACUACACAGUGGCCCGAACUAUGCCUCCCUCCACCAAGAUAGUCAAGGCCCUUAUCUCCAUCAUGAAAGAGUACCAUUGGACCCAAUUCGUCCUCCUCACUGAAAACACCAGAAACUACAUUCAGAUCAAGGAGGCUGUUAAGAGCUUCGCCAAGCACCACAGGAUGAACGUCACAGAAGAGUACAGCGUCCCUUACGACUACACAACCACCCGCUACCACACCGUACAGGACUUUGUUAGAGACAGUCUCCACCACACCCGUAUCUACGUGCUGGUGGCGUCAUUCGAGGUGCAGUGGGACUUCGUAGUGGCUCUGAGGGAAGAGGUCGGCCAACAGCUACAGGAGUACGCCAUAGUCACUAUUGACGACGACAAGUACCUGGGUGCUGAUCAACUUCAGGAGAUGAGAGAAUCGUCUAAACAUUCCUAUGACUACUGUCUUUACAAUUUGUUUAAGUACCAGGCAAGGAGUUCUUGACCAUGUACAAGGAGGUGCCAGACCUGUAUGAAGGCUUCAGAGCCGUUCUCAAGAUUACUCCUGCCUACCCCAGCAACACUAAAUAUAAAGAGUUCGAGCAGAGAGUGUUGAAUCGUAUCAAGCAGCAUCCCUUCUGCGUGCCCUACAACCCCAGCAUCUUCAAGUACAUCGAGGUGCCAAUCUUUGCCGCGCACCUGUACGAUGCUGUGAUGAUUUAUGCCAAAGCUUUGAACCAGACGUUGGCCGAUGCGAACGCGGACCCGGCCAACGGCACUCACAUCAUCUCCCUCAUCAAGAACCAGGCCUUCCCGUCCAUACAGGGGUUCAAUGUACACAUGGAUGAAAAUGGCGACGCCGAGGGUUCAUACUCGUUGCUGGCCAUCCGGAAGCUUGGGCCAGAGCACAACCCGCCCAUGGGAUGGCGCAAGGUUGGCCAGUUUAUCCUGGAGGCUAAGACCAGUGGGACCCAUGAUAUGGAUAACCUGCCCAGACUGGCGCUGAAUGAGACGAUAGAGUGGCUUGGAGGAUCACCUCCGAGAGACGCUCCUCCUUGUGGGUUCUCCUCGGAAAAGUGCCAUUAUGAUUGGCACUCCGUGGCAGUGGGUCUGGUCAUCUCCAUGAUCUUCCUCGUCGCUGGCCUCUUUCUCUUCAG